GUGCAGUCCGAAUCAGAAUACUUAUUCCAGGUACCGGCCUUUUCCCCAACUCAACUAUCAAUUUUUGAGAUCAACCAGCCAACGAAUACCCAUGAAACAAAAAUAGCCGACGCGCAUAUUUUAUGAAAAAUGGACUCAUCGAAUUCUUCCCAGACUUUUAUCGUCCAUCUUCUAGAUUCAAUAUUCGCAGACAGCAAAUUUGAAGCUGAUGACCUUCCUAUCAAGGAGUCCAAAUUCUUCAAAGAACUCGGCGAAAGUCCACCCCAAGAAACUCAAGAGGAAGCAGCUAUUAAACUUUCAGGACUAGUAACAAAAUAUGGACUGCAGGAGCAUUUACCAGAGAUCAUAUAUCUCUACCACCUGAUGCGGGACGAUGAGAAUACCCUGAAGCUCGAGUUCAGGGAUCAUAUAGCUCUACAGGAAUUACUAAAGACUAUGGAGGACAGCCCAAUGCUAGCAAAUGGUUGCAACCGUUCUCUAGGAUAUGACUUGAUCGCCGGCGCGACUCAGCUCAGAAUUCUUAGACAUUUCGUGGACAGCGUACUGGAGUCGAGUUCCGGGGGAGACGACCCAGCAAGUUUUCGCAACAGACAGAGGCUUCAAGGAUGGUUCCUAUUUUAUGAACCAUCAUCGCACAUGCAGUCUACCCGUAAAAAAACUCGCUCAAAUAUGAUAAUACAGGCUUGCCUGUGUGAUAUUACAGGCAAAGUUUCCAACAGAUCAGAGUCUGGCAUAGAUAUGCAUACGGAUACACACUCCCUGCGGAAAUCUUCUAUCUCACUUGACAUCUCAUCAGAUAACGAAGAUCUCGAGAAAAUGCUAGGUUAUGAUGGAAGUAUCGAAAUUAGCGACCACGGCUACGCUAUGUAUAACGAGAUAUUCGGAUCAAGCACAGAAGGAAGUGGGCUCGAGAACGGAGUUUGUGAUGAUCAACAAGAAAAUUGGAACCAAAUGGUCGAUUCCGUCGCACAGUCAGCUUUACUUAACGAGCCCGAGACUAUCAAAGGCGGAAUCGCGCCCAAUAUUCUGCCUCUAUGCUAUGAGACGUUUCCGGUAUCGGAAGAACUUCGCAGACAUAUGUCCCCCUCUUCAUGCUCAGAUUCCGAGCAGACUGUGCGUCUCGGGGUGAAUGAGCAUAUUGACGAAGAUGACUCCAAUUUGAAAAAUGAGCUCACACCGGAUACCGACUGUAUGUCGGUGUCGGAUCCUGCUUCGGUAGAGGGUGCUGAAAAGGUUGUUCAUACAGAUAUCAUGAGAAUCAAACGUAAACAGGAAAGGAGAUCGUGCUUCCCCGUCGGCAUCUGGAACAGCACCAAUUCAGCUGACAGUGAUACUGUGAGCGUUACAAGCCAUAUAGGCAGCAUCUGCUCGGUGUUCAGUGAGAUUAUACAGCACAGAUUUCACGGAUAUACUGCGCUGAAUACAGAAGAAAUGGAGUUCGAUGACUUGGGUGAUUCAAAUUCUGUAUAUGACUCUGAUGAUGAUAGUUUCGACUAUUGA